AUGCCUGGAGAAGGCGUUUACAUCCCGCCGCACCGUCGCGCUGUGGCAACUGAUUCUAGCCCGACGAGAAGCCGGCAUCAGCUUCGGGCUGAUGCACCAGUCUACAACCCGACGGCAAGCCAGCAUCAGCUUCGGGCUGAUGUCCAGGCUGUAGCGCGGACAUCGCCCCUCAGCGAUGAGGCACGUGCUCAGGCCAUCCGAGCCGCCGGGCCGUUCGAAUGGGAAACCCGCAUGUGCAUCCCGGAGGAAAUUCCCGAGACACUCCGCAAGACCGCCAGAUACUGGCGAAGGCCGGUGUCACAGAGCAGCGCAGAGGUGCUUGCCAUCGUGCCCAUGAAUGUCGAGGAUCCGGAGGUACGCGAGGCCAUCUGCCAAGCUGCUAGGGAACUCGGAAUCACCGAGUCUGGUAACGGCGUCCUGGGGGAAUUAGACCGCAUUCAGCCCCUCCAGCUGGGGCCAACCCCUUCUUCUCGGGUCGAGGACGACUUAAUGGAUAUCGUCGAUAGAUCGGAGCUUACGCCAUCAUGCGAGGAGCUUCGGGCGACGGGUAUGAACGUGUCGGCUUAUCGUCGCAACAUCUGCAAGAUCCGCGAGACGCUCAUAGAGAUGGGUAUGCCGCUACGACACCAGCGGACGUGGGCGGGCGUCAACGACAGCGGUGGCGGCCUCAGAAGCCUGUAUCCCCUGCUGGGCCCGGACCCCGGCCUCGACGCUUACAUUUUCAGAAACGGCAUCAUGGGUACGGAUGCCGCGUUCAACCCGCGCUCGCACACGCUGGUUCAGAUGUACGGCUUCGGCGUGGUCGAGCUCGAGUGGCUGCAGCGCAACCCGGAUCACGUCGAGCGCGCGGAACAGUGGGCGACGCUGCGCCGGUACCACGCGCUGCAGGUCUGGAGGGGCCCGGUGAACUGUGAGAACAUACGCGAGACUCUGAGAUUCGCCUACCGGCUGCGCGACUCGCGGCACGCCAUGUCGCAGGCCGAGCGUGUGCCUGGCUGGGGGGAGCAGCUGAUCCGCCUGCGCCGUCUGCGCCGUCUGCGCCGCCUGGAGUUUACCGUCGCCGAGCUGAUGGUGUGCCGCGUUUGGGUCGAGUUUGUGAGGUGGGACGGGCAGCUAAGAUUUUUAGGUUUCCAGUUGAGGCGACUCCGCAAUGGCCUUCGCAGUGCCGAUUGGGAGACCUUGACGUAUGAGGAGCAGCGCCGGCUCCUUGGGUGGCCGAUAAUCGGUGACUUCGUCCGCAGAUACGAGGACCUCUUGACGCCGGCCGUUGACUUCUAUCCGUUCCCAGGCAAUGGUGCUGGGAAUUGGGCCUCGGGAGGAGGAAUGCCGUCUAUCCGAUUUUUAGAAGUAUAG